UAUUAAAUAUGUUAUAAUUUCUGUAUUUUUUUUUUUUCCUGGUUCUCCAAAGCGUCGCUACAGAGUUUUUAUGAUGAAUAUACCAGCAGGGUCCUCGGUUUACGAAGUUCCAUUGCUACGCAGUCGACGUAACACGAAUAUCUCUAAUUGCGCUGUCUUUCGGAGGGGCCAUCGGCCUCAUGUUCCUCAUGCUGGGAUGUGCCCUCCCUGUCUAUAACAAAUACUGGCCACUCUUCCUCCUCUUCUUCUACAUCCUCUCGCCCAUCCCAUACUGCAUCUCGCGGCGGGUCGUAGACGACACCGACUCGGCCAGCAACGCCUGCAAGGAGUUGGCUAUAUUCCUCACGACCGGCAUAGUCAUCUCAGCUUUUGGCCUGCCCAUCGUCUUUGCGCGAGCUGAAGUCAUCGCUUGGGGGGCGUGCGCGCUCGUCUCGACGGGCAAUAUCGUCAUCUUUGCAACCAUCAUGGGCUUCUUCCUCGUCUUCGGAUCCAAUGAUGACUUCAGCUGGCAGCAGUGGUAAACCGACAAAACGAAGGAGGGUCUGAACCAUUUUUAUUAUAGUUAAUGUUAUUAUCAUCUUUAUUAUUAUAUUAUUAUCAUCAUUGUUAUUAUUAUUAUUAGAAUCAUUAUUGAUGGUCUUCUUAUUUGAUCUUUGUUGUUAUUAUUAUUUAUAGUAGAGUCUCUCUGAAGCCGUGCAAUAGCUUUUGUUUUUCCCUGGCCUGCUUAACAGCAAACUGACAUAAAGUGGGUUUAUUUGUUCCGCUUAUUUUGGGGAAUUUUUGUCCAUUAUCUUCCAUUACUAAUGUUGUGAUAUUUGAUUGUUUGGAGCCAAACUGACAUGGAGAACAGCUUGCAAUUCUUUGAAAACUAUAAAAACAUCACCUGAAAGUCUCAGAAGACCUCCAUGUCAAUUCAAUUUUGUUAUUUCGAGUGCAUUUAAUCCAGUCCACAAAGUGGCGCUCAGUGAUAUCCUUCUUUGCUGGUUUGCCAACUGCUAACCUACGUUCAACAGUCUACAUACCGAGAGGCAGGGGUGGGAAUCACAGAAUGUCUUGCAAAAUUAUAUUGCAAUAUUAUGCCUACAACAACUUACACAAUAAUCAAUAUACACUAUUGGUUGCAUCAACUUUUAUCUUAACUUGAACUCGUGUGGUAUUAUUAGUUCUUAAGACUCCUGAGACUCCCUGCAUGGAAAUAUUCGUUCCGCAUCAAGAAUGUAGUAGCUAAUUGUACCAUUUCGCACUUGAUGUGUUGGCAGAUACCCCAGAGAACAUAACGGGCUGCAUAACAGGCAAUUACUUGUAUGGAGACGGAACGAUAAGAUAUUGAUAUUUUGUCCCAUCCCUGCCUGAACUUGAUGUGUUGGCAGAUACCCCAAAGAACAUAACAGGCGGUUGAUUACUUGUAUGGAUACAGAACGAUAAGAUACUGAUAUUUUGUCCCAUCCCUGCUUUUAUAGGCUUUUAAUUGAAAAUGUGGUGCCAUAUCACGUGAGGUUGUUUUGUUGCUCAUGAUGAAAACACAAUAAAAAAUAUUUUUCAGUCAUCUCACUGACAUCCAUCUAAUCCUAUGAUGCAUUUUUUCUUUAUGUUCUCCUGACAUCACUUCAGUGAAGCCAUUGAUUGUACAAAGCACUGGAAUGAAGGCAGCUCUGAAAAACUACUGACAUCAUUUGUGUGUUUUCUUCUGUAAUGCUAAUGCUUUUAAGUCAGUGACAAAACAUACCCGCUGAUGAUGUUUUAAAAGAAAAAACAAACAAACCUAAAAGUGAGUGAAAGAGAACACUGAGAAUUUCUUGUUAAAUCUGUCCGACAUGGUCUGACCUAGUGUGUUGCGCAGUUGACGUUUGGGCGUCUCUCUCCUUGGCAGUUUGCUCCCACACUGGCAGUUGUGUCAUUUUCAUUUUAUUUUGUUGAAUAAAACGUGUUCAAUGGCAGUAGUCAGCAUGGCGGGUUUAUGUUUUCAAAUAAAUACAAUUUUGGGACAUUC